ACAAAACGAAGUCGAAUAUCACAGAAAUUUACGAAACAGAAAUUUCAUAUACAAAUCUCUAGUAAUUUGUGAAAAUUGUUAUUAUAACGAAAUGAUAAAAGAAACGUCUCCUUCAAGAAAGAUGAUGUCAACGAGAUUUUUAAAGAAUGAGGUUGGCAAAAUUUUCCUGAAUUUUUCUCCUUAUUUUGCCGUCUACCAAAACUUUUUGAUUAACCACGAAAACGCGAUAACCGUCCUCACAAGACUCGAAAAAGAAAAGCAAAACGCAAAUUAUUUGGUCCAAUGCCAAGACAAAAUUAUAGCGGACGCAAAAUUGGACUUAAGGGAUUACCUUAUCAUGCCCGUACAACGAUUACCACGAUACAAUUUGUUGUUAACAGAUCUUGUGAAGAACACGGAGGAAACGCACCAAGACUAUAAAGAACUGAAUAAAGCACUUGAUGCUGUCAGAGAGGUCGCAAAUAAAGUCAACACGUCCAUCUCGUCGAACAAUUCAAGAUACAAACUGUUUCAAUUGAGGGAGAGGAUGUGGACGAAAGAGGGAUUUGAACUGAUUCAACCACACAGACUCUUCAUAUUGGAAGGGAAUGUUAUGCAAGCGACGCACCUUGGGUUCCACAAGAGGACACUCUUUCUCUUCAACGAUGUUUUGUUGUUCACGAGUAAAGUUGAUAAACUUCUUAAAGUGAAGACUGUCAUCUCCUUGACGAGAAUGACCAUAAUGGGGUCUUCAAAGGAGUGUGGUCUAUCCAUCUUCAGUGAUGUGAAAUCGUGUGAAAUUCUCUUUGACGCCAUUGAAGAGAAAGCCACAUGGUCAACGACAAUAGCUGAUCUGUCAAAGAAAGUGAAAUUGGAGGAGGGAUUUACUUUUGCUAUGUUAGUCCUAGCACCCGAGGAUGUCACUCAAUGUGCUCGUUGUUCUUCUGUAUUUGGAAGAAGGAAACGGAAAUUUUACUGUAAGAAGUGUCUUAACUUUGUAUGUUUGAAAUGUUUUGAUUCGACGAAUGGAUGUUGCAAGAAGUGCCAUGCAAUUGAGUCGAAGUUUGUGACAAGCAGUGAAAAAAGAAGCCAAAGCGAAGUGUUGACCGACGUCUUACCCACAACACACGUUGAAAAGACUCAAGAUAACGAGAUCAAACCAGUGAAGUCUCUGAAAAUUGCGUUGAAAUCUUAUGACCCACAGACUGUUAACUCACAGGACAUGGACACAUUCAUUGAAACGGAGGAACAACUCUCCCCAAAUGUGAAAAACUUUGUGAAUGAAACCGUUGUCUCUCGCAGUCGUAAUUCACCGAGAAAAUUGACACGAAAGUCUGUAAGUGAGACUAUGAAGGACUUGAGUAAAACGGGUAAUUCGGAGAUCAUCCCACGGAUGUAUAAAACAAUUGGGAAGUUACAAACGAAAGACGACACGGUAUUGGAGUCCAACGAGAAUCUUACUUCGGGGUCUUCUUCAUUGUUAGAGAGUCCACGAAAAUUGGUUGUAUCACCAGACUACGCAGUGACAAAGGAAAUUGGUAGAGAAUGUGAUAGAAACUCAAGCGAUGAGGAGAGAAUAGUAGUUGAUAUAAAAACAAAGCAAAAGGGUAUCGAAGACUAUUUUCUGAAACACAACGACAUGAGAGAAGAAAUAUGUAAAUUGGAAAAGAAGAAAGGGGAAGAUUUCAUUACAAAGGGGUCGGAGAGGAUUAAAGUGUUAGUUGAAAUGAAUCAAAUAGCAGAAAAGAAGCGAAUGAGUCUGCAGAAUAACGAGAACGCGUCGAAGUAA